CUACAGAGGAACAGAGCAAACUCUUGACUUCCGGCGGCAUUUUGAGGCGAUCCUCCUAGCGGCCUGAUAGUGUUUUCCUUGUCUUUUCUUACUCUCCAGUCUCUCUUCGUUCCUUUUUUCCUACGUCCCAGGCUCGCUUGACCCUGGCGAAGCGGCGGGCGGGUUCCGCUCCCCAGCCAUCCCGGAGUCCCUCGGUAGCCGAGGACCGGUUCCCGGGAGCCGCGCGCGCACCUCCUUCUCGCUGUCGUCUUCCCGGGGCCAGGCGCGGGGACAGAGAGUCGCCUCCCCCGCUCCUUGGAGCGGCGGCGGCGGUGCCGCCUCCGGACUGCGCUUGCGAAAGGAGCUCGGCGAGGAGGAACUCCCUGUAACCUAGACCUGGUCCUCAAACUCAGUGUCAUUUUAGGCCAAGGUCUGACACUGUUGGACUCUCUAAGAAAAGAGGAGAAUACGUCUUUACUUCAUUGCUGUUCUUCCCUAAGUUGGAAGACUCAACAGUAGCAGAAGUAAAACUCCUGGGAUAAUCACUAUUAGUACAAAAUGUCAAAAAUUAGAAGGAAGGUCACAGUGGAAAAUACCAAGACCAUAUCUGAUAGCACAUCCCGAAGACCCAGUGUAUUUGAGAGGCUUGGACCCAGCACUGGCAGUACAGCAGAGACACAGUGCCGUAACUGGCUGAAGACUGGCAACUGCCUCUAUGGAAACACAUGUAGAUUCGUACAUGGCCCUUCACCCCGUGGUAAAGGUUAUAGCAGCAAUUAUAGAAGGUCACCAGAAAGACCUACAGGGGAUCUUAGAGAAAGAAUGAAGAACAAGCGCCAAGAUGUGGACACUGAGUCCCAGAAACGAAAUACAGAGGAGUCAUCCUCACCUGUUAGGAAAGAAUCUUCAAGAGGGAGACAUAGGGAAAAGGAAGACAUAAAAAUCACUAAGGAGAGAACUCCAGAAAGUGAAGAAGAAAAUGUAGAAUGGGAAACUAAUAGAGAUGAUUCUGACAAUGGAGAUAUUAAUUAUGAUUAUGUUCAUGAGUUGUCAUUGGAAAUGAAGCGUCAAAAGAUACAGAGGGAAUUAAUGAAGCUGGAACAAGAAAACAUGGAAAAAAGAGAAGAAAUUAUUAUUAAAAAGGAGGUUUCACCAGAAGUGGUUAGAUCAAAGUUAUCUCCAUCACCUUCUCUAAGGAAGUCUAGCAAAUCUCCAAAGCGAAAAUCAAGCCCUAAGUCAUCAUCUUCAACUAGCAAGAAAGACAGGAAGACAACUGCAGUAUCCUCUCCCUUGCUGGACCAGCAGAGGAAUUCAAAAAGCAACCAAAGUAAGAAGAAAGGACCUCGUACUCCUAGCCCACCCCCUCCUAUACAGGAAGAUAUUGCUCUGGGGAAAAAAUAUAAAGAAAAAUAUAAAGUAAAAGACAGGAUAGAAGAAAAACCAAGAGAUGGAAAGGACAGAGGACGAGAUUUUGAAAGACAAAGAGAAAAAAGAGACAAGCCAAGGUCCACUUCCCCAGCAGGACAGCAUCAUUCUCCUAUAUCUUCUAGACAUCACUCAUCUUCCUCACAAUCAGGAUCAUCUAUUCAAAGACAUUCUCCUUCUCCUCGCCGAAAAAGAACUCCUUCACCAUCUUAUCAGAGGACAGUAACUCCACCUUUACGCCGCUCUGCUUCUCCCUAUCCUUCACACUCUCUGUCUUCUCCUCAGAGAAAGCAAAGUCCCCCAAGACAUCGGUCUCCAAUGAGAGAAAAAGGGAGGCAUGAUCAUGAACGAACUUCACAGUCUCAUGAUCGGCGUCAUGAAAGGAGGGAAGAGACUAGAGGAAAAAGGGAUAGAGAAAAGGACACAAGAGAAGAACGAGAGUAUGAACAGGAUCAGAGCUCUUCUAGAGACCACAGAGAUGACAGAGAACCACGAGAUGGUCGGGAUCGGAGAGAUGCCAGAGAUACUAGAGACCGAAGGGAACUAAGAGACUCCAGAGACAUUCGGGACUCCAGGGAGAUGCGAGAUUACAGCAGAGAUAACAAAGAGAGCCGCGAUCCCAGAGAUUCUCGGUCUACUCGUGAUGCCCACGACUACAGGGACCGUGAAAGUCGAGAUGCUCAUCGAAAGGAGGAUGCAUAUCAGGAAGAAUCCCGAAGUUAUGGCAGAAACCAUUUGAGAGAAGAAAGUUCUCGCACUGAAAUAAGAAGUGAGUCCAGAAGUGAGUCUCGAAGUGAAAUUAGGAAUGAUCGGAUGGGCAGAAGUAGGGGAAGAGGUCCAGAGUUACCUGAAAAGGGAAGUCGAGGCACAAGAGGUUCUCAAAUUGAUAGUCACAGUAGUACUAGCAACUAUCAUGACAGCUGGGAAACUCGAAGUAGCUAUCCUGAAAGAGACAGAUAUCCUGAAAGAGACAACAGAGAUCAAGCAAGAGAUUCUUCCUUUGAGAGAAGACAUGGAGAGAGAGACCGUCGUGACAACAGAGAGAGAGCUCCUAUCUUCUACACCUCCUGCUGCCCCUAUCCUUUGCCACCAGUGUUCUCAGGUCCUGCUGGGGGGACAGAGAAGAUCAGAGAUCAAAGACCAAGCUCACCAAUUCGACAUCAGGGAAGGAAUGACGAGAUUGAGCGUGAUGAAAGAAGAGAGGAACGAAGAGUAGACAGAGCGGAUGAUAGAAGAGACGAAAGGGCUAGGGAAAGAGAUCGGGAAAGAGAGCGGGAGCGGGAGAGAGAGAGGGAACGGGAGCGGGAUCGGGAGAGAGAGAAAGAAAGAGAACUAGAAAGAGAGCGUGCCAGGGAACGGGAGAGGGAGAGAGAGAGAGAGAAAGAGAGAGACCGGGAAAGAGAGAGAGACCGCGACCAUGAGCGAGAGAGGGAGCGAGACAGGGAGCGAGACAGGGAAAAAGAGCGGGAGCGGGAGAGGGAAGAGCGGGAGCGGGAGCGGGAGCGGGCGAGAGAGAGGGAGAGAGAACGAGAACGCCAGAGGGAGUGGGAAGACAAAGACAAAGGGCGCGAGGACCGCCGAGAAAAGCGGGAAGACGCCCGGGAGGACAGGAAUCCAAGAGACGCACACGAGGAGAGAAAAGCCAAGAAGCGCUAUAGAAAUGAAGGGAGUCCUAGCCCUCGUCAGUCACCUAAGCGCCGGCGAGAACAUUCUCCUGACAGUGACACCUACAACAGUGGAGAUGAUAAAAAUGAAAAACACAGACUCUUGAGCCAGGUUGUUCGACCUCAAGAAUCUCGCUCUCUUAGUCCAUCCCACCUUACAGAAGACAGGCAGGGCAGGUGGAAAGAGGAAGAUCGUAAACCAGAAAGAAAAGAAAGUUCAAGGCGCUAUGAAGAACAGGAGUUCAAAGAGAAAGUUUCUUCUGUAGAUAAGCAGAGAGAACAGAUAGAAAUCACGGAGAGCUCAAGAACUCGUUCACAAGACAUGAUAGGACACCACCCAUCUGAAGAUCGAGACACAUCUGAUCGAGCUCAUGAUGAAAACAAGAAAAAAGCAAAAAUUCAAAAGAAACCUAUUAAGAAAAAGAAAGAAGAUGAUGUUGGAAUGGACAGGGGUAACACAGAGACAACGUCUGAAGAUGGUCAAGUAUUUUCACCAAAAAAAGGACAGAAGAAGAAAAGCGUUGAAAAAAAGCGUAAAAGGUCCAAAGGUGAUUCUGACAUUUCUGAUGAAGAAGCAUUCCAGCAGAGUAAGAAGAAGAGAGGCCCACGGACUCCCCCUAUCACAACCAAGGAGGAAUUGGUUGAAAUGCCCAGUGAUAAGGAUGGCACUAUGGAGGAUCCUCAGAAGAAAGAAGAUACAGCGUUCAGUGACUGGUCUGAUGAGGACGUGCCUGACCGUGCAGAGGUGACAGAAGCAGAGCACGCUGCCACAGCUGCUACUCCUGGAAGGACUCCUUCCCCGUCUUCUCUUCCUCCUCCUCCUCCUCCUCUUGCCACGACGACGACUCCUGCUGCCACCACCUUCAACACAUCGACCACCACCAUUUCCACCUCUUCCACCCCAGCCAACACCACCAACACUUUUAUCAAUGAAGACUCACAUAGAAAAUGCCACAGAACACGAGUGGAAAAGGUAGAGGCACCUCAUGUUACUAUAGAAGAUGCACCACAUCGCAAGCCAGUGGAUCAAAAGAGGAGUAGCAGCCUUGGCAGCAAUCGGAGUAAUCGUAGUCAUACAUCUGGCCGUCUCCGCUCCCCGUCCAAUGAUUCUGCACAUCGAAGUGGGGAUGACCAAAGUGGUCGAAAGAGAGUACUGCAUAGUGGCUCAAGAGACAGAGAAAAAACAAAAAGUCUAGAAAUCACAGGAGAGAGAAAAUCUAGGAUUGAUCAGCUAAAGCGUGGAGAACCCAGUCGAAGUACUUCUUCAGAUCGCCAGGAUUCAAGAAGCCAUAGUUCAAGAAGAAGUUCUCCUGAGUCAGAUCGACAGGUCCAUUCAAGAUCAGGGUCGUUUGAUAGCAGAGAUAGGCUUCAAGAGCGUGAUCGUUAUGAGCAUGAGAGAGAGCGGGAGAGAGAGAGGAGAGAUGCACGGCAGAGAGAAUGGGAGCGAGAUGCCGAUAAAGACUGGCCCCGGAACAGGGACCGAGAUCGACUACGGGACCGGGAGAGAGAACGAGACAAAAGGAGAGACUUGGACAGGGAAAGGGAGAGAUUAAUCUCUGAUGCUAUGGAAAGGGACAGGGACAGAGACAGAACUUUUGAGAGUCCUCAAAUAGAGUCUGUAAAACGCAGUGAAGCAAAACUGGAGAGUGAACAUGAAAGAGACCUAGAAGGCACUUCCCGGGACUCUUUAGCUUUGGAUAAAGAAAGAAUGGAUAAAGAUCUAGGAUCUCUGCAGGGAUUUGAAGAUACAAAUAAAGCUGAGAGAACAGAGAGUAUGGAAGCAGGAGAUGAUGAAUCCAAGUUAGAUGAUGUGCAUUCAUUAGGAUCUGGUGCUGGAGAAGGAUAUGAGCCAAUUAGUGAUGAUGAACUAGAUGAAAUUCUGGCAGGUGAUGCUGAAAAGAGGGAGGAUCAACAGGAUGAGGAGAAGAUGCCAGAUCCAUUAGAUGUGAUAGAUGUGGACUGGUCUGGUCUUAUGCCAAAGCAUCCAAAAGAACCACGAGAGCCUGGGGCUGCACUCUUAAAAUUCACGCCUGGAGCCGUUAUGCUGAGAAUUGGGAUCUCUAAAAAGUUGGCUGGUUCUGAACUCUUUACUAAAGUCAAAGAAACAUGUCAGAGACUUUUAGAAAAACCCAAAGAUGCAGACAAUCUUUUUGAACAUGAAUUGGGGGCUCUCAACAUGGCUGCAUUACUACGAAAAGAGGAAAGAGCAAGUCUUCUUAGUAAUCUUGGACCAUGCUGUAAAGCAUUAUGCUUCAGGCGGGAUUCUGCAAUCCGAAAGCAGCUUGUUAAAAAUGAGAAGGGCACUGUAAAACAAGCUUAUACAAAUGCUCCAAUGGUAGACAAUGAACUCUUACGACUCAGUCUUCGAUUAUUUAAGCGGAAGACUACUUGCCACGCCUCAGGACCUGAAAAGACUGAAGAUAAUAAACUCUCACAGUCCAGUAUCCAACAGGAACUGUGUGUGUCUUAAGACUGAAGUCCAGGCACAUUUUCGGUACUAGUUCCCUUCAUCAGUGCAUAUUCUUUUUCAAAGUUCUUUGGUUUGACAAGUGUUAUUAGUGACAAAGGCAGAAAAGACUUAUCAGCCAUGCUAAAAGAGUGACAGACUUUGGUUUAAAGACACUAGUUUGGCUAACAAGAUUUUACAAAAAUUUUUACACAGUACUUGAUUGAUACUCAUGCAAAAUAAUGUGAAAGCAUCUAGAUUUAGUAGUUUAUUCUGUACCUUUUGUUAAAACUGAAGACUUUGAAAAUGGUCGUCCCCCUGCUCUUCCAGCCUACACUGAUUUUUUUUAUGACAUGGAGCCACUGAUUUAUGUACUGGAUCAUCCUUACAGAAACUGCGAUUUUUCUCCAGAAACACUGUGUUCACCAAAUGAACACACACACACCAUGCACCGCUGUGCUGCACAGGACACACAAAGCGGGGCUGGGCCUGCAUGCUGUGUGUAGGCAGGAGCAAGCCACAGUCUUGUUUUCCUUUCUAAAAUUGUAACAAAACUACUUAAUGGCUCUUUGGUUUUUUUAAUAUAUGUGCAUUGUUACAGUGUAUAUUGGAUAUAUUUCGAGUCUGAAUGGGUUUGUUUGUUAUCAGAGACUGUCGACUAUUUUUAUUUUUAAUAAAUGUACCUUCCCUUUUCUUGUUGUAGAUUUACUUUGCUCUUCAUUAAUCUUACUCCUGAUGUUCUAAAACACUGUCAUCAACAUUACAUGUUUCAUACUUCAGAUAUUUUACUGCUGAAGUUACUAUUGGACAGCUGUGGAUAAUGCAAUAAUAGUUGAGGAUGUACUUCAAAUGUAGCUCAGUAAUACUUGAAACAAACCAAGAGUUAACCAACCUCUGUAAUCUGAGCUUUAAAAUCCUACCAUCAUACUUUUCAGAGCUAUAACCUUUGAUUACAUUAACCUGCCUCCAGAGUGGUGAAGAGAGGAAAUAAAUACAAGUGAUUUUAUGUAAGCAUUUACUUGAAGAAUAAAGGAAAUUGAAACAUUAUUUUCUGUUUGGUUCAGGUAAGGAGCACCAGUUGAGAAAAAGAGGAAUUUUUUUGAAUGAUUGUGGUCAUGGUUACUUGAAUAUAUACAUGUGUGAAAACUCACAGAACUAUACAUAGAAAGCCAGUUUUACUGUAUCAAAACUUAUAAGAUAUUUUUUAUAAUGCAAAUGUGGUCAAGGCAUCACUCUUCCUUUAAAGAUCCUAGAAGAGGGGGCUUCCCUGGUGGCACAGUGGUUGCGCGUCCGCCUGCCGAUGUAGGGGAACCGGGUUCGCACCCCAGUCUGGGAGGAUCCCGCAUGCCGCGGAGCGGCUGGG